AUGUCCCCCCCAUAUAUUCAGCACCUCUGGUCUACCCCACGCAGCCGACGUCAAGUUCGAUACUAUUGGCCCAGAUCCAAUCCCGAUUUUUAUCCGGGCCUGGAUGGUGGCAUGGGUGCUGCUACCCAGGAAAGCAACCCCGCCAUGGGUCAAUCGACCGCCUACUCCUCUCUCACAUCCAGCAAAAUUUCUGUCUCAUCAUCGAUGGGUCCCCCUCCUGCUGGCAUGGACCCCGCCAUCCAGAUCCUGACUGCCGGUGUUCAAGGGCUGGUUUGGCAGCCCAUGGCCAAAUCGCAACCUGCGAUGCAAGGCUGUGAGGGCAUAUCCACGCACCUCUGGCCGAAGGUCGCUCAUCAAACGUAUGCCUGGCCAGUCGGUACUGUAGAGCCCGUCCUUGAGCAUCCGUACAUGGAACAAGAAUACGCAGAGACUGGAGAACAGCGACUAUCACGGCUAUCGAGGAAACGGAAGGCGUGGAUGGAGGGUAUAGCAUCAUUCAAGAUGUAUGACGCGCCGGGAAACAUUGGGGCGGCGAGUGAGGGCUGGUGGCUUUGGAUCUUGAGUCAGUACGACACGGAUCGUCGCCUGGCAAUCUCGACAGUCGUCAGAUCCUGUAACGCUUUUUUCACAGAUUCGCAAAUGUGGUCCACUUUUUUGAACAAACCCAUGUUCUUCAGCUCUUUGUUGACCAAUACAUCGAGUGACAACGGGACUCCAUCACUUCGCGCUGCUCCUCAUAUCCUGCUAUCCAUACUCGCCCUCGUCACGCUCCUCCAGCAAGGCCACACUCCAGAGGGCCAUACCCUGGCUCUUCUUUUCAACCGCGAAGCUCAAAGCAUCCUCUCUUACUGCGUCCAGACUGGCUCCCAGGACCCCAGUCUAAUGGCAGCGGCCAUCGUAAUUGCAAUAUUUGAGACCAUACCCCACAAAGGUCACAAUGAUGACCGACUCGGAGAUGCGCUGGUGAUGCUGGAUGGUAUCGGUUGUAUCGUCUUUUCAAGUCGUCUGGAUGCAGACGAUGAUAGAGUCACGUCAGAUAUGCUCGGGCUACCACGUUUGACGUGGGACGCCGCCACCUCUGUCAACUCACAGAAAUCUCAAGGAAAGUUGGAGAUCGAUGCGACGGUAGCCAUUUGGGCACAAGUACCUGGCUGGGGCGAGAAUUGGUCGCCCGGGGAAAUGUGGAAAGAGGAGAUGAGGAGAAUGUGUUGGACGGCGAGUAGUAUGGCCGCAUCUCACAGUUUUUGGAAGUUUAUGGUGGGGAAGAAGACGCUGGAUUUGCAAAUCAGUCACCCGGAGAGGUUUCGGUUAUUUUUCCCUGGGGAAAUGGUGUUUUUGGAAGCCGGAGACGACAAGCAAGGCAAGACCGUCUCAUAUGCUUGUGAGCAGUGGCUGAAACCCUGUGUAAGGCACUUUGUCACCAACAAUCGGCCACUUGAGCCGCGCUACAGAGAGCAGAUUGUCAAGGAAUUGACAGUCAUUGAAAAAGACAUCCUGAUCCUGAACCAAGUCGGCGAAAUGAAGGUUUACCUCUGGCAGUCUUUGGACUGGGCGAUGGUUUUACGCCGAACUCUUGGGGCUGUGGACCCCAAAACACUUGAGAAAUGGUUCCAAGUUGAGCUCAAGUACUUUCUCAGUCUGCUUGGGGACAGGGCACCUGUUCCCGGUGUAAAGAGGCGACCCAUGGUCACUUGGUGGAUGAUCAUUGAGGCAUACAGUGCCCUUGAGAUGUCCCGAAUCGACAAGGCAUUUUGGGCUGACGCAGAUAAGAUCUACCAUAUGGCCUUGGACAAUGCCCAGGUCAUCAUCGACUAUUGGGACUGCGAGCGUAAGUAUCUCAUACCCGAGCCGAGCGGUGUAUGA